AUGUCUUCAAUGCAUUUCGUAGUUCAUCCAUUGCCUGGAACAGAGGAUCAAUUGAUAGAUAGACUCAGAGAGGUUGCAGAGCGUUGGAACAGAUAUGGCACUGGUGCAGCGCCAUCUGCACUCACUUCCCUAAGAGGUGUGAGAGCAGUUGCUGCUGGGCCAGCUCAUAUUGCCUGUCUGUUAGAAGAUGGCACUAUAUGCCGUGCUGCAUUCUCCAUAAUUCCGGAUAGAUUAGAUCUGAGUAAAGCGGAUGCGAGUAAAAACGGUGGAAAUGGUGGAGGAGGUAGUGGUGGUGGAGGUACAAGUGGGGGAAAGCAAGGAGGAAGUGGGGGUGGAUGUGGAUCUAGGCAACAGCCUCGCACAAGAGCAAGAAUUAUGAGAAAUUCUAUCCGAGCUGCUCCUAGUUCACAAGGAUCUACAAGCAGAGCCACUGGUGUCAUUAUCGGAGCAUCAAGUUCUGGUCGGGUAGUAUCGGCAGUACCGGCACCAUUUGUGCCAGAAGAUCUGGUGACUCAGGCUCAAGUAGUACUUCAGGGGAAAAGUAGAAGUCUUAUAAUUAGAGAGUUGCAGCGUACAAACCUGGAUGUUAAUCAAGCUGUCAAUAACCUUUUGUCCCGUGAUGAUGAAGAGGGGGAGGAGCCGGAAGGCGGCGAAGGCGGGGACGGCUAUGUUCCGGAGGACCUCAUAUCUCUUCUCGACGGAGGUUUUCAUGCAACUCAACAGGACCAAUCCGUGAUUAUAGAUGCAGACGCCAUGUUUUCGGAGGACAUCUUCGGGUACGCGGCUGUCAGAAGUCGUAGCGGAGGCGGUGGAAGUAGUGGCGGAGUGCGUGCCGGCGCCAGUCGUGAGAGCAGCAGCUCCACUCAAGAGCGGCCUUCGGAGUUUAGCAGAUGGCGAGAAAGACAAUACUUCGGCCCUCGGCGGUGGCUGGAGUCUGCACUUCGUGAUACGUCUUGGGAUAAGGAAGGAGUAGAGAACAAAAAAAAGGACUCUGCGAUGGCGGCAUCUCCUCUAUGGGUGUCUGAAGAACUGGAGUAUUGGGAUAGCAAUAUACGUUUCACACAUAUUGCUGCUACAUAUAGUGAAUUAAUUGCUAUUUCUACACAAGGACAGCUACACCAAUGGCGCUGGUCUGAUGCACAUCCUUACCAACGCAAUGAUGCAUCUGGUGGUACUUUUCACCCACGUGCAAAUUGGAUGGGUCUGACAUCGGGAGAACGUAUUGUAAAUAUCAGCGCUGCAGGCAUACGUGUGUCGGUUCUCACUGAUGCUGGACGAGUUGCAACGUUUUUAGAUGAAUCCAUAGCUCAUGCUCCGGGGGCUGUACGUUUGGAACAUCCUCUGCAGACAUUUUCAGAGUUUGGCUCGGAGAAAGCUGUUUCAUUGCAUGUGUGCUCAUUAUAUACUGUGGCAAGACUAGAAUCUGGAACUCUAUAUUGGUGGGGAGUGUUGCCAUUAGGACAACGCGCUCGCCUCUGGGAGAAGCACCGAGCACGCUCCCGCAAACAACAGCGCGGUCACUCGUCGAACACGCCGCAAGACUUGCAAGCCGGCCAGAGCGUUACAAUGAAAAAUGCGCCCAUGUACCAACCAGGAGCUAUUGGGUUCAACAUGUCAACUGGUGUGCCAAAAGUUGGAAUACUGCAGAAUGCUGCAUGGAAUCUAUCCGACACUUGUCGUUUCAAGCUGUUGCCCCCGCCGCAGCCUGACCGCUCUAUAUCUGAUAAGGAUAAAAGAGAUUUACAGAAUCAAUCCCCUCUAACUGUGUCAUCAGUAAAAGCAUCUUCUUCAAGCAAUAAUAGCAAGGAUGGCGGCAAAGAUAGCAAUAAAGAUAUGGCCGAUCGCCUAGAUAUGCCUCCACCGCCUAGUCCUGCUUCUUCUACUUGCAGUGACACAAGUACUUCUCAUAAACGAGCAAAACGUGUGACUGUCCGCGGCGAAGAAGGCUCAUCCAACGAUGGUUCAAAGCGUGAUGAAGAAGAAUGGCCAUUAAAAGAGGUUGUUUUCCUAGAAGAUGUGAAAAGUGUGCCACUAGGACGUGUUUUGAAAGUUGACGGAGCAUACGCAGCCGUUCGCUUUCCGUCAGUUGGCAAGGAUGGUAAAGAAAUAGUGCCGGCCACACCUGAUGAUUGGACGGCGUUGUUACAAGAUUGUCGACUGGUUCGUAAAGAUGAUCUGGUGGCAGUGAAGUGGGGCGCGGGGGGAUCGGCAGGACCUCGCGGACCAGAUUGUUUACAACGCUCACCACGAAAAAUUUCUUUACCUCCAGAUCUGAAUGUCAUUACGAUUGCUGUUGACAAUCGCGGCGUUCACGCUGUGGUCCGUCGCCCUGGUGGGGCACUGGCGUACGCAGUAUACGCUGUAGGCACUACACGUGCUCUUACCGACAGCACAUUUCCUACAGAUCACAGUGCUCUCUUGGGAUACUCCAACGGACAGGCAAUACAACUUACCACUGCAGCAGAGGGAAGUGAACCAGUGGUGAUGAUGCUAGAUGGCAAUGGCGCGUUGUAUCCUGUAGCGCGGGACUGUGUCGGCGCAGUGCGAGAGCCACCACCGCUUAACUUGCCGCCAGCACGAGCGUUAGCCGCUCACGCUUUACCACUGCAGCCACACCAUCCUCAUCAUCCGCACCACCCUGCUCUAAAAUCGCAGGUGGCGCUAAUAAUUCUUGUUCCUGAACCUCAACUGAUGAUGCCUCGUGUCUUACGCUGCGACCUCGAUGGAGUACGUCAACUACUACACCAGCUAGAAUCAGAUUCAAAUAAACAACAGAUUUUAUCAAUUCUACAAGAACGAUGCGACGGAAAUAGAAAUAUUCUUCAUGCUUGUGUGCACAUGUGUGCACCCACUUCCAACAAGGAACCAGAUAUUGUAGAAAAUGCAUCAAUGCCGAAUGUACCGAGCGGUACCAGUGGUAGCGGUGCAAGUGCGGAGGAGGCAGUACCUGCCCUGUCUUGGCCACCGGAAACAUUCGAAGCUUCUGGAGAUGAGGAUAGUUUGAUGGGACUUACUAAUAAUGGUAAAAUGACAAGUGGUAGUAACAAUGGAGGGAGUGCCGUGAGUGCGGAUCCGGCAGAGCGUCGGGGUAAUGCUUUAACUGCCCUGCGUGCAUUGAGCGAAAGUUCAGCAUUACAACCUUAUCUUAUGCAAUUGCUUACUGCUAAGGAUGGCAUGGGUCAGACACCCCUAAUGGCAGCUGUGGCUGAACGCGCCUACCGCGCAGCGCUUGUCCUCCUGGAUGCAAUUCGCGCGUGCUCUGAUGCAGAUGAAACACAGCGCUCGGCGGCCAUCUUUCCACCUAAUGCACACCCUGAUCAUUCGCCACUACUCGUGCUCUGUUGCAAUGACACAUGCAGCUUCACAUGGACCGGUCAAGAUCACAUUAAUCAGGAUAUUUUUGAAUGUAAAACAUGUGGACUCACUGGAUCACUUUGUUGCUGCACAGAAUGUGCUAAGGUAUGCCAUAAGGGUCACGAUUGUAAACUAAAGCGUACGUCACCUACUGCUUAUUGCGACUGUUGGGAGAAGUGUCGCUGCAAAGCUUUAGUAGGAGGUAAUUGGGCCGCCCGGUGUGAUUUGCUUGCGCGACUCGCCAGAGAUACACAGCUAGCAACACAUUUUAAUUCUAGGGGCGAAUCGAUUCUUUUAUUCCUAGUCCAAACUGUAGGACGUCAAGCCGUAGAACAUCGUCAGUUCCGCGCCGGUGGAGGACGAGGCCGCGGCCCACGGAAACAACCUGGCUCGGAUGCAGAGGUUGACAUACCUGAUCACGACUUAGAACCCCCUCGAUUCGCUCGACGGGCUCUUUUGCAUCUACUAGGUGAUUGGCCAGCUGUAGAGGCGGCUAUAAUGUGCGGAUCAAAUGGAAGCGCCGAAGGUGACAGCCGGCCAAGUAGUCCUUCUCCUCACCAAUCAGGAACAACAUUAUUAGACAAAUUUACUCAUGCACUUAUUGUAAAGUGUACUAAUGAGAUGCUAGACACCUUGUUGAAUACUUUGAUCAGGGAGCAACAGAACAACACCAUAGCGGGACGUGCUGAACGGGCACGAGAGGUUACACGUAGAUUCGUUCGAUCGGUAGCUCGGAUAUUCGUCAUAUUUAGUGUAGAAAUGGCACCAGGUGCCGCCAAGAAAAAGGGGUACAUGCCCUUGUCCAUCACGUCGUCGUUGGUUCGCUGCCGUCGCGUAUUUGCAGCACUAGUCGUGCUCGCAGUGGAGGAGCUGGUGGAGGCUGCCGACGCGUUGCUGGCCCCAGUACGGCUGGGAGUAGUGCGCCCGACCGCGCCCUUCCCACUUGCAACCACUUAUGUCGACUUGGUGAAUGGCAGUGAAGAUUUGUUUGGUGUGGAGCCACUAUCUACUGGACACUCCAGGUUAUCUCAUGCACGCAGGGAAUCUAAUGUGGCUGGAGGGCGCGGCGCCGCAGUUAACGGAACUUCAAUGGGCAGUUCCACAUUAGUGCCCGACCGUUCUUCUACUCCGGUUGCUACUGAGUACCCCGACGACGUGGCGGGAGAGGCUCUCGGAGGAGAUGACGACGCUUCAGAAACAGAUGAGCCAAAUAUACCGGCACCUGUGCCGCCCGCUGAAUCACAACAUCAUGACGACCCGAUGGGCGAUAGCAACCUUGUGGAUAGCAUCGCGGACUGGGAAUUUAUCGGGCAUGUUUCAAACCAAAUCAGCAUUCAGAACGGCAAUAUGCGAGAAGGACAAGAACAACACGUGGUUGUAGAAAAUGGUACCGAGCGCGCUGAAGGUGGCGAAAGUGAGAGUGAACUGGACUUGCUUGCCGAGGUGGAGACUGAGAGUGAUUCUGACGAUCAGGACAAUGCCGAGUCUGCACAGCGCAGCGUGCAAACGGGAGCUACACAGGGAUCUGAUGCUGGCAUAGCAUCAAUGCUGCUGUAUCCAGAAGACGAGAGUGGUGAUUCUACUCAACCUGAAGACGAAGAUUCCGAAGCUGGCGAGACUGAUGAACAGGACGCCGAGGCUGAGCUUCCUCUACAUGACGGAGAGCCCCUUGAGAGGCGCUCUGCCCCACCUUCGAGACCUAAUCUGGCUCCACAUUCAAUGCAAUGGGCCAUUCGUUCUCGCGAGACCUCUCGCGGCACAAGCGGUGGUACAGGCGGCGUGCGGCUCACGGGCAGCUCGUCGCUGGUGUUCAUAGACCCGUCCUCCCUGCGGCGCUCCACGGCCGCCGCGGCCGCUGGCGCGCAGGACCCGCACUCCACAUCUACGACUGCCUCAUUCUUAGCUAGAGCUUUUGGCAUCGUAAUACGGCAAAUAGCUGACUUAUUAUGGGAGUACGAGCGUCUAACGCCUCCAUUACAACGUAUGUUACCGCUAGCUUAUCGCGAGGCGCUGCGCUUGCAAUGCUAUCUUGAGAGACAACUUAAACAAACCUGGGACUGGUUGGUCACUGUUAUGGACGCCACUGAAGCACAGUUGAGAUUUGGCGCGUCCCUUACAUCCAAUAAUGCGGGUACUUCAAGUGGUGAAAGCCGCUCCGCUGCGCCAGCCGCGAGACGCACUACGUCUUAUACAUCACCUGCAACGCGAAUUAUAGGCUUUUCAGAAGGACCGCGUGCUAGAGAUCGAGACCAAGGCGUAGAGGCUGGCAGUGCCCGCAGAGAGUUUCUAGCGUACUGUCUGUCGUUAUUGCGGGCGCACAGCGCGGAGCACGCGGAACAACUGCCAGUACUUGAUGUGGCGGCUCUCAAACACGUUGCCUAUGUGCUGGACGCGCUCGUGUACUAUAUGCGUGCAGCGCAGCCUCAGCCGACACACCACCAACAUUUGUGGACUCCGGAUGAGAAUGAAAAUGAAGAAGGUGAAGAGGAGAUGGUAGUGGGUGGAGGCACUGCCGCGGAAUCGGACGGCGAGGGAGAUGGCGCUCGAGGAAGAACACAUGCGUUCUUCCAACGCUCUGAUUCUACUUUAUGUUUGGGAUGUCCACCACCAGACCCAUUUAAUAUGACAAUGCAAGAUGCUUUGCCAUUGGCCGAUCAACCUCAACUGUUGCAACCAAACGCGCGCAGAGAGGAAUUGUUUGGCAUGCCAAGGCAACCAGUGACGGUACCCGCUUCUGGAGAUGGCCCGCCUGGAGUCAAUAAUCCACUAGAAGUGGUGCCCCGUCGCUUAGGUCUAUCGAGUCGUGGCACCGAGCGCGGAUGGUCCCCACCGACACGACCUGCGUCUGCACCUCCUACACACAAUCACGCAAUGGCGAGAGACGAACCACAGGAUCUAUCCUGUGCCAAGGACACAGUAACCAAGAUGGAUAUUGAUACAGAUGGUGAAUAUUUAUCUGAUUCUGAUUCAAAUGAACCCAGACAGAUUACAAGGAAGAAGCACCAUAGGCAUCCACAUGCUGCUCAUAGUAAUAACAGCCAUCAUGAGUCAAAUGCCACCACAUCUGAAUUUCAUACUCUGGUUGAUACAGCCUGUUCUAUUAUCGAGGCACCCCAUCAGCAAAAUGUUACUCCUACACCAGGUCCAAGCAGUUCUAGUGCGGUAACUCAAGAGCCGCGCGCGUCUUCUUCGCGCAGUCCUGGCAAGACCGUUAUUGUACGUGCUGGUGAAUUGCUAAGUGCAGCAGAUCCUCUGGAAUCGCAAGAAAUAUCUGCACAUGUUACCGUGGAAACUACAGGUUUGCCACCUGCGCCGUUAAUACCUCCACAAGUACUUAAUGCCCCGCCUCAACCCCGGACUUGCCCAUCGUUAGGCGCAUCGGUAUCACAUGAUUUACUCUUGGGUCGGUGGCGAUUGUCGCUGGAUCUCUUUGGACGAGUGUUUACUGAGGAUGUGGGCCUGGAGCCUGGGUCAGUGGUCGCGGAAUUAGGUGGUUUUCCUGUAAAAGAAGUCAAAUUUAGACGAGACAUGGAGAAAUUAAGAAAUUCCCAACAGAAAGAUUUAACUUUACACAAGAUGGAGCGGGACCGUGCGAAACUACUACAACAGACAUUCGCCGAGUUAAAUACUGCAUUUUCGGGACAAAGUCGUCGCGCUCACAAUUCCGUACAACCGCCACUCGCUGUCAACCGAGUCAAAGUGACGUUCCGAGACGAGCCCGGUGAGGGCAGUGGAGUCGCUCGUUCAUUUUACACCAGUGUCGCUGAAGCUUUGUUGGCAAAUGAAAAACUUCCGCCUUUAGAGUCUACAACAGGCAGUGGUAGUAACAAUAGCGCCACCAAUGGUACCUCAGGCUCUUCGGGUACAACUGCAGGUGGUGCCAGUAGUAACAGCGGUGCGCGAAGUGGCGCUGGAAGGGCACGUGCGAAAGACAACGCACGGCGGGCGCCAGGCCGGCCGGCGCCGCGCCCGCCUGCGGUGCGCGAGCCUCGCAGGGUCCUUAGUGUCGAUGCACGACCCUACUCUCCACAGGCUGCCCCUGGUACAGAAGGUGCGGGGUAUAGUGGUGAAAGACCUGGAGGACACAAUGAGCAUCUCACUUUACACCAAGCUCAACUUGGUGAAAGGCUUUAUCCUAAAGUUCAUUCCCUACAUCCAACAUUCGCGGGAAAAAUCACGGGUAUGCUCUUAGAACUGACGCCGGCGCAGCUACUUGUAUUAUUAGCCAGUGAAGACGCACUACGGCAGAAAGUUCGUGAAGCUAUGGACCUCAUCGUUAUGCAUCCAUCGGAAGCAAUAUUAGAUCUGGACGUGUUCUCGCUAUCAGAGCGCGGCGGGGGCGGCAGCGCGGGCGGCGGCGGGGCCAGCGCCUCCACCGCGGCGACGGACGACGCGGCGCCGCUGUUCUACUCGCCCGGCAAGCGGGGCUACUACUCGCCGCGGCAGGGACGCGCUACACCAGAGAGAAUUAACGCUUUUAGGAAUGUGGGCAGAAUCAUCGGUUUAUGUCUAUUACAAAACGAGUUAUGCCCAAUGUUUUUAAAUCGACACGUACUAAAAUACAUCCUGGGACGGCCAGUGCGCUUCCACGACUUGGCCUUCUUUGAUCCAGUCGUGUACGAGAGCCUCCGCCAGCUCGUCGUAGACGCGGAAACUGGCGAUUCUCAUUCCCUUUUCGCUGCUCUUGAUCUCAACUUUAGCUUGGAAAUGUGCGAAGAGGAAGGUGGCGGCUGCGUAGAAUUAGUACCUGGCGGUCGAGAGAUUGAAGUAACCUCGCUCAAUGUUUAUGACUACGUGCGCAAAUACGCGCAACACCGCAUGUUGCUCUCGCAAGAGAAAGCAUUGGAGGCAAUGAGAGUCGGUGUUCUGGAUGUUUUACCUGAAUCAGCUUUAGAAGGAUUAACAGCAGAAGAUUUGCGACUCCUGUUAAAUGGCGUAGGUGACAUCAAUGUUGCUGCACUGGUAUCCUAUACAAGUUUUAACGAUGAAAGCGGUGAACCUCCUGAACGACUGGCUAGAUUCAAACGAUGGCUAUGGGCUAUUGUCGACAAAAUGACACAUUUAGAAAGACAAGAUUUAGUUUAUUUCUGGACCGGAUCCCCAGCGCUGCCAGCCUCGGAGGAAGGGUUCCAGCCGAUGCCUUCAGUGACCAUCCGCCCCGCCGAUGACGCUCACCUCCCCACCGCCAAUACCUGCAUCUCACGACUCUACAUCCCGCUUUACUCUUCGCGACACGUGCUCAAGCAUAAAUUGUUACUAGCCAUUAAAACUAAAAACUUUGGCUUCGUG